AUGCUGGAUGGAGUUCAGCCGGAGGAAGAUGUCAUGGCCCGCGUUCCCUAUGUAUCUCGCGACGAAUUAGACUCAGACGGUCAAACGAUCUAUGACCGUAUCAGGGAGGACCGGGGGGUUGACGAGGUUGGAUUGCAGUUCAGGGCGUUGUUGCAUAGCCCGCUGGCGGCGGGGUAUCUCACCUCGCUGGGCGCUUCGCUUCGGUUCCAGUCCUCGAUGCCGGAUGAUUUGAAAGAAUUGGCAAUCAUACUGGUGGCCCGGGAAUGGGAUUCGGGGAUUGAGUGGACGGGGCAUUCGGUGGCGGCGGCGCGCGCCGGUGUAUCCGACGAAGCGAUAGAAGGCAUACGCACCGGCAAGGCGCCGGGGUGUCUGGAAGGCACACAGGCUGCCAUUGCCCGGUUCGUGCAGCAGAUGACCCGCGAAAAAGACGUUUCAGACGAGAAUUUCAAGGCGGUUCAUGACGUGCUGGGAGAUCGCGGUGUGGUGGACCUGACGAUGACCGUUUCUUACUACACGGCACUGGCCCUGGCCCAGAUAGCGCUGCGCCCCGAAAUGGGCGGCGGGCGCGUCUCCACACUGUAA